CUACAUAUACGGCAACCGAGCUCAUAUAAAGCCGCUCCGUCCGGCAACCAAGCAACACAUUUCCCAUCCAACCGUUCCCAACUUAGGACGGCUACACAGUAUACACACUCUCUCUCUCUCGCUCUUCCUAGGACUUAUAUAGUCCACUAUUCCGCCCUUGUCGUCGUCAUCAGGCAUUCCAAUAAGGGGGUGGGGUGGAGAAAACUGGUUGGAACGAGAUGGAUCAUUCAUCAACUGCCACCGAGCAGGAAGAGAAGAUAGUUUUAGAACCAGUCUCACCAUCGUCGUCGUCUUCGUCUUCAUCACCUGUACCAGCCAUCAAAUUAAAAAGAAAGUGCCCGUCGGGAUGGACUUUAAGUAACAACGGCACUAACUCAGAUAGUCACUGAAUCUGAAGGGAGUGCCUAAGGGGUGAUCGUCCGUGAGCCGGAAAAACCAGCUUGACAGGUUCCUCGCUAGGUGUCCCCCUCCGUCUUGAUAUAGAAGGGAGCGCUUUGAGCCUUUGACAGCAUCUGGAAGGAAGAGGGGAAGGGGAUCUGAGGAGGGAGAGCCUGUUAAACACGUUUCUAUAUUUGUCCCGAAAUCGAUAUCGGCGUGAGAGACGAAGGGGAGGAGUAAAAUGUGUGCACCGUCGCCGUAACGUUCAUCUCGCAACCACCAGCAGGUGGGAGAUAGGGACCAGAGAAAUUCGAUGUCUCUUUGUCGAAGCGGAUGGUAGUUUGUUUCAAUCGCCUUGUUGUGGAUAUUCUGCCCCAGUGGUUGUGUAACUAGUUGUAAACAGUUUAAAUCAAGAAACUAAAUGUGAUCUUGUUGUGUUAUCCAAAGUUAUUUUAUGGCCUGUUCUGUACUUGGCUGCUGUUAUCAGGUGUGAUUAGGUGAUUAGCCUUUUAAGAGAUAACGGAGACUAUAUCUGCCCAAUCUUCUGUCUUAUCUCAAAGUUCUCACCCACUUCACUGAGGCUUUUCCAGUUCACAUUGCAUAUGCUAUUGCCUCAUAAUUAAAUUAUCAAACACUUUACAAUCACCUUUGCAAACAAGCACAAUCUGCAUCUACGCUAGCAGAGCAUCAGAGUAGAAAAAAAUGUCUCACACAACAAGAACAUACAUUCACUUUUGUGUGUACACGUCAGAAGUUUGCUCAACUGUCCCUUUUUAACUGUAUUGAAUAUCAUCUGACUUGAAUUGCUGUUAUCCAGCACUAUCCAAACUACGUCGCGGUGGACGCAUCAAAUUAAAACUUAGAUCUUGGAUGGCCGAACCACUGGUGGUGAAGGAGGGAGACGCCAGCUUACGACUUGCCACCGAUUUACCUCGUUUCAACUGGCUCGAGUUAAAAUUGAACCAAAAACAAGAUGGGACGAAUGGGGAAACCAACGUUUGUUCUUCCGCCAAGUAACGACGGCCUACCAAUCGUCCCGCUCAAGAUUCGCAUCCUGGAAAAGAGCUCAUACGCCGCAAGGCUUACCGAAGGCCUUUCUGCUGCUCCCCCUGCUAAGAAGGAACUAGACCAGUCAGUAGCUCAACAUCUAAAAUCCGACGAAGCCUCGGUACCAACCUGCACCUCAAGGUGGCCGCUCAAGAAGAGGCUAAUUCGUCAGCUCAGUCCAGUCAUCAGUCCGAGGACAAGCCCAAUUGCAAGUCCAAUUCCCGUUACCAGCCCAGUUGUAAGCAAAGUCAUUAGCCAGUUGGAUGUAAUAAAGCCAAUUUUAACCCAAAAACUCAUCUGCAACCAAACACAAAUAACACAAGAAAGACUACAGACGGAAUUACGACAAAGUCCACCCGCUCAAAGAGGACCAGUGAUCAUGAGGAAUAUUUUACCUCCCACCCCACCGGCAUCCUCUGCACCUCCCGAAUUAAUGCCCGUUGAUGCUAAUGACCAAGACAAGCCGUUGGAUUUGUCACGGCGUUGUACAUUUGAACCUGCACCCACUCGGCUCGAAGAUAAAGCUGAAGUCGAAAUCAUCGCAAUGACAACACGGAUAAACAGCAAAUCAGUUCGUCAGCCAGUUGAUUUUCAACCGUCCCGACAACGAUUUUCUUGCAAUCCUGCUGAAAUCCAUCGAAUCCAACGGAGUGAAAAAGAACUUGUCGCCAAACCGAUGCGAGAAUACAUUACCCAAAGGAAUCCGCCAAUCCGGGCACCGGAAUCCUCAUUUCCCGACUGGAACAAAAAUGGUACCAGUGGAUUUCGACCGUACAGGGAACAGCGACCGCCUGUGGCUGUGGCAUCGACGCUCGUGAACGCAAUAACUCCAACGAGCAGACCAUUUGUCUUACCUCCAUUGCGUCCACUGCCUCACCAUUGGAAAAGUCUUGUUGUUCAGCAACAGCGUAACCCUGUUGUCCGUCCUGAAGUGCAGUUACAUCCAGUAGGACCAGCUGCACCCUCAGCCGGCUUCGUAACCGGACCUCGGCUCUUUCACCCUCAACAGGUGACGGCAGCUACAACAAAAAAACCCUUGUCUAUUGCAUCUCAUACUAUGACGACGCUUCCACCCGAUUGGUCUCUACGUAGUUGCGUCGUUUGCUCACGGAGAGCAGAUUUCCGCUGCGCUGGUUGUCAUGGCAACGCCUACUGCAGUACUCUUUGCCAGGCUAGGGAUUGGCCCAACCAUAGUCAACUUUGCCAGCGUAACAGCUGACCUGGACGAAAUUGUCUCUACGGAAGAGAACGCCCACCGUUUAGUUUUUUCAUCAAAAGUUUCAUGUGUUUUAUCUUUAUAUCUGUUAUCGAUGUUGUUGCUGUGGUUUUUGAAAUGGAAAAAAAAUUGGUUUGGAAAAAAAAAAAUUUUUAUCAGUCAACACUCAACAGUUAGUGAAUUCCCCACACAUCUUCAAAGGCGCUGCACAAUUUCGAACAAGUUAGUGCAGCUGACAACGGGUACUGGCUAAUGCUGAUCUCUUCCUCACUGUAUUCAACGUCUACUUUUCCGUGGGCCAUUGCGCCUACGACGAUGGCGAUUGGCUCGUCUGGUAACACUAUAUCUCGUGGUUUAACCAGUUUCGUCGAGCUAAAAGUGGUAGAGAUUUUGCGGCAACCAACAGGUAAAUGGUCUUGGAUUGGGUUUUUUAUUACUUUAAGCAGUUUCAUUGGUCCAUUUGCUGCUUUGAUACUCAUCUUAUGAAGAAGCUGAACUGUAAAAUGUAUAUAUUGGUAAAUACAAUAAUGUUAAGAAACUA